AUGGACUGCCGGGCGGUGUUGCAGGAGAACGACAUCCGGGAGUGCCUCUCUGGCGUGCGCAUCAUCGGGAAGCAGUCGGAAAUCCAGAUGCGCACCGGAAAUCGCCUCCUACACAACGGCCUCUGCGAUGAGCACCAGGUCGAGGCGCCGCCGGGCGUCAUUCCCAGCGGAGCAACGUCCACAGUUCGCAGCUGUCGGCCCUUCUCGUUUCUGCCAAAGGACACGCAGGAGCUGCUGAAGCGCAUGCGAACCUGUCGAGAGCAUGCAGAGCUUGCGAUUCUCAUGCGAUCCGCACGUCGAAGAGGCCUGCUGGCACAGGCGUACCACGCCAACCGCCGUCUGACCAAGCUUCGCAAGGCGGCGCAUAAGGCACCUGCUCCAAGGGCUCCGCCUGCAAAGAGGGAGAUUGUGGUGGUCGGCAAGGCCUGGGACGGUCCCGGCUUGGGGUUCGGAGAGCAGUGCAUCUCCGUGUUGCCGGGGGAGCUCUGUGAGGUCCUUCGCCGUGAUGCAAGCGGAUGGAUUCUGCUGUCGACGUCACGACAUUCUCGUGGCUGGUGCAGCCCGCAUGUCUUGGGCUGA